UGGACACCAACUCUUUUGAGGAACUGCUGCACAACGUGGAACCGCUCAUAAGGAGGCAGGACACGCCUUUCCGUUCUACGAUUGAACCCGGCGAAAGACUUGCCAUUACGCUGAGGUACUUAGCUACAGGAGAAACCAUGACAUCACUGAAGUACUAGUUCAGGAUCUCCGACAACACAAUAUCUGGUAUUGUUCGAGAUGUGUGUCGUGCAAUCUGGACCACACUGCACCAACAGUAUGUGAAGGUUCCCCAGACAGAAGAAGAAUGGGAAGAUGUCAAGAAAUGCUUCUGGGAGCUUUGGCAGUUUCCGAACUGCAUUGGAGCACUUGACGGCAAGCACGUCGUCAUUUCUCCACCACCACGUUCAGGAGCUUUGUUCCGAAAUUACAAGCAGACAUUCAGUAUUGUACCGAUGGCUCUUGUAGACGCUGUGAUGAAGUUGUUGUACGUGGAUGUUGGCAGGAAUGGUCGCAUGAACGACGCUGGCAUCUGGUCCCAGAGUUCAAUGAAGGAGGCAAUAGAGUCCGGCAACCUAAGAAUCCCAGGGCCGCAAGCAUUACCUCAUUCUUCUCGUGAGACGCCAUCUGUGUUAGUUGGCGAUGAGGGAUUUGGGUUAAAGACCUAUCUGAUGAGACCCUACCCUUCAAGGGACCUUCACCAGAAGAAAAGAGUUUUCAACUACAGGUUGUCACGUGCCCGUCGGAUAGUUGAAAACGCUUUUGGGCUCCCGGCUAACCGAUGGCAGAUAUUCAGAGCCCCAAUCAGACACCAACCAGAGCGUGUCAUUGCCAUAGUAAAAGCAGCUGUUGCACUGCACAACCUUCUUCGAUCAAAGACUUCAACCAGAGCUUUAUACUCUCCACCUGACAGUAUUGACGCUGAAGAUGUCUCUACUCGAACCAUUCGCACAGGGACUCUUCACCAGACAGAAAGUGUCAAUCAAGCUCUGCAGAAACCAAACAAUGUCGGCUGCAGAUGUUCACAGGAUGCAGCGGCUGUACGAGACACGUUGAAAGAGUACUUCUUUGAUGAAGGAGCUGUCAGUUGGCAAUGGAAGUUUACUUAAAUGGCAGCCAUUCGCAAUAUCACAGCAUUCUGUCGCUGAGCCCUUGCUGCAGCGCAAUUCACGUGUAAAUAAAUUGUUCGCAAC